UGCCCUACUUUGCGUCUCGAGCAAAGCGCGCAUGUCCACGACAGGAGAGAGGUAGUUUGCUGAUCACGCUGACUUCGAUGUCCUCUUGUACGGCAGGUCAGACUUCUCGCCGCUGCUUUCGCCGAGAAUCGACCGAGGGGACCCCUUGCUCUUGCGCACCUGGCAAGACGAGUUGCGCAAGAUAUGAAGGUGGGGCGGCGAGCGAAGAGACGAGCUGAAGGGGCAAAUGCGGGUCGCGAGGGGGAAAUCUGAAAGGGCGAUGGUAUCAUGGACAGAGUGGCGCGUCGACUAGCUAGGCGCUGCUCAGGCUCCUUUCGGAGAAUUCGGAAGUCCACGACGGCCUGGCUCACACGAUCGCGCCACUCAGGCACGCACGCGUCGAGGGACGGAAGUAGAAAGUGGCGGGCGGGCAGGCGGCGGCUGGUUGAACCAACACUCUUAGUUUGCUCGCAAGCUUGCCUCUCGAUCCAUCACUCCAAUGUUCUACGACCAUACCAAUGUCGCGCAAAGCUCACUCGUUCCUGCACGAGUAUCCGCGCAUUCGCGUUGAUAGAUUCACAGAAUCGAGGGAGCGCGUGCCCGACUUUCUGCUGCCUCCUCGAUGCCGUGCAGGUGCUGCUAAGCGUCAAGACGAAGACGAAGACGACGACGAGCCCGGUCCGUGGGAUGACCUCGACCAAGACGACGAGAGCACCUUGAAGGCCAACGGUGGCGUUCGCUUCUUUCCGGCCCCGACUAUACAGCUCCUCUCCCACAUCCAUGCCGACCACAUCGAAGGCCUCUCCGCCCCCCUGCGAAGCUCUGCCCCAAUCUACUGCUCCGCCGCCACAAAGGAGAUGCUCAUGCGACUCGAGUCCCAGAAGUCGCGAGAGAAAGGAGCUUGUCGGGUUCCCAUGGGUGAGGGAGCUCGCAAGCGGCCCUAUGAGUGGCUGCGCGUUACAGCCAAGCAUGCCAAGGCGAAGAAGAAGUUUACUGGGUUGGCGCCUGCGCCAAGGGAUCUGCUCCACGCGCUGCCAUUCAACACGCCGACCGAGCUCCGAUACUCUCCUGGCGUAAAUAUACGCAUCACUCUGCUCGAUGCCAAUCACAUGUCGGGGAGCACGAUGUUCCUGAUUGAAGGACAUAGAGGAGCGGUGCUCCACAUGGGCGAUUGUCGUGCGGAGACGUGGUGGAUCGAGGCGUGAGUGCGU